AGUCACGUUUGGGACCUAUAUAAACACAACACAGAGUACUCAAGAUCAUUUGUAUUGAGAUAAGCAUAUAACAAGCACGUCGCCUAUGCAAGAAUGAAGCUUCUUCUAGCUCUGUGUGUGCUGCUCCCAGUAGCGGUGCAGUCUCUCAUGUUCCAGCCUCUGGACUGCGCUGAUAUCUACAAUGACGGCUCUGGGAGAAGUGGGGUCUACAGGAUCUACCCAGCAGGACCCAACUCUGGACGUUAUGUCUACUGUGACAUGGACACGGAGGGAGGAAAAUGGACUGUGUUUCAGAGGAGGAUGGACGGGACAGUGAACUUCUACAGAGGAUGGGAGCAGUACAAGAAUGGCUUUGGACAUGCAGCUGGAGAAUACUGGCUGGGGCUCGAGACCAUCCACCUGCUGACUCUGAGGAAGAACUAUGAGCUGAGGGUGGACAUGGAGGACUUCAAUGGAGCUAGAGUUUAUGCCAACUACACCUCCUUCUCCAUCUCCCCUCAGGCCAUCAAUGCUGAAGUGGAUGGAUACAGACUGCAUGUCAGUGGCUUCAGGAACGGUGGAGCAGGUGAUUCUUUAACCCAUCACAGCGGGCAGAAGUUCUCCACCUUUGAUAAUGACCAGGAUUCCUGGGCAGGAAACUGUGCACGAACAUAUAUGGGUGCAUUCUGGUAUAAUUCUUGUUAUUACGCCAGUCCAAAUGGUAUAUACCUCUGGGGUGCAGUCGAUGACAAAGGUGUCAGCUGGCACCACUGGAAAGGUAACAAAUAUUCCCUAAAAUCAAUCUCUAUGAAAAUGAGACCCGUGUCCCUAUUGUAGUAGAGACUGCAGCCUAAAGCAACCUUUGAUCUUAAAGGUUCUUUUGGUACUGAUUCAAUAGUUCCUUCCUUUGAGUAUAUACUGUAAAAUACUUCAGUGCAAAGUCGACAUUUCUUAAACUCACCUGCCUCAUUUUCCUGGGGUAGCGAUCUAUUGCAACACACUCAAUUGUGUCAGAGUUACUACAUCUCAAUCUGUUCCCAUACUGUUUUACUGAAAUACAUGCAAAUGGCUAAUUAUUUACUGGUUAAGUAUAUAACUAACUAAUGUCAAAUUGUACAAACUGUUCAUUAAAAGCUAUUUUCUUAUA